CUAACAACUCCAGCUCAAGAAUCAUAUCUAAAUCUCAAUAAAACUUCUCUCUUUUUGUCUCCUGUUCUCUCUGUACAUUACAUACGCUAGGGUUUGUUUAGCUUAGUUUCUCUCCCUCCUUAUUAGCUUCGUAUAUACAGAAGAGUUAAAGAUGGAAGCAGCCACAUCAAGUGUGGUUCGAUCUUCAAUCGGCGUCAAUAGACACUCCGGUUCUUUUGCUAGAUCAGCUGUUUUGUCUGCUAACGGUCCUGAUUUUGUGCGUUUCGCUACUAGUUUACACCCGCCAAUUAAGCAAUAUUCUUCAGUUUCAUACUCAAAGCCAAUGCAUAGGAGAAUGGGUAUCGGAAGUAGGAGAUGCACGGCCAUUAGAGCGUCUUCAUCUCCAGACUCCACUGGGUCGAUUGCCCCAAUUGCUCCACUUCAGCUGGAAUCUCCUAUAGGACAGUUUUUGUCUCAGAUCUUGAUGAGUCACCCGCAUCUUGUUCCUGCAGCAGUUGAGCAGCAACUUGAGCAGCUUCAAACCGACCGUGAUGCUGAGAAGAAGGAAGAACCUUCUGCUUCUGGUACCGACCUGAUUUUGUAUAGGAGAAUUGCUGAGGUGAAGGCGAAUGAAAGGAGAAAGGCUUUAGAAGAGAUUUUGUAUGCAUUGGUUGUGCAGAAGUUCAUGGAUGCUAAUGUUUCUUUGAUACCUUCAAUUGCCCCCUCUUCUUCAGAUCCUUCUGGUCGGGUGGACACAUGGCCAAGCCAUGAUGAGAAGCUUGAGCAGCUUCACUCUCCUGAAGCCUAUGAGAUGAUCCAGAACCACCUAGCUCUCAUUCUUGGGAAUCGGUUGGGUGACUCAAACUCUGUUGCACAGAUAAGCAAACUAAGGGUCGGACAGGUCUAUGCAGCUUCAGUGAUGUACGGGUACUUCCUAAAGCGUGUUGAUCAGCGGUUUCAGCUUGAAAAGAACAUGAAAAUUCUUCCAAAUGCAUCGGAUGAAGAGACUACUGUUCAGCACCGGGUGGAGGACGUGAGACCAGCUGGUGAGGGAUCUUAUGAAGCUGUCUCUUCGCACCCUGAAGUCUCAGCCUGGGCUGGUGGCGUGAGUCCUGGAGGGUUUGGCAAGGGGAUAAAGGCUUCUCGGUUGCGGACCUAUGUGAUGUCUUUUGAUGGUGAGACACUUCAGAGAUACGCAACUAUAAGAUCCAAAGAGGCUGUUAGCAUCAUUGAGAAACACACUGAGGCACUAUUUGGAAGACCAGAGAUUGUUAUUACACCUCAGGGUACUGUUGAUUCUUCAAAUGAUGAACUCGUCAAGAUCAGCUUUGGUGGUUUAAAAAGACUCGUUUUGGAGGCUGUGACUUUUGGUUCGUUCCUCUGGGACGUUGAAAGCUAUGUGGAUUCGAGGUACCAUUUUGUCAUGAAUUAAACUAUGUUUUCACCUUCAACCAUGCUAAAACAAAGUUCGGCCUAUAUUCACAAACUGACCAAACUGAAAUUUUAUAGCUGAGGUGUAGUUUUGAUAGCAAGUACCAAAUAAUUUGUGCUAAUUGGUUUGUAUAUAGUUGCUAUAGUACAAUUUGCUGCUUGAAUUUGUGCUCUUACGGUUAUGCUUCUUUUCAUAUGAAAUUUACAUAA